AUGAUCAGCAGACGUGUAUUAAUACUCCACCACAGACUGGGUGACUCUCCACAGAUGUCACAUCAGGAUCCGAAGCGCAAGGAUGACCAAGCCCGACAAGAUGAGGCUCGCUUGUUGGGGGGGAAAUUCAAGGAUGCAAACGCAGUAAAAAUCAAACCUGGUGCUACAUUGCAAGGCAGGAAAAAAAACCCCGGAUCAAAUGCGGCGUUUCGUCCUCAUAACCGAAUCUCCCAUAAUGCGCGCGAGAGCGGACCGGUACCUGCCCGGGGGAAGACAAAGCAAACUGUCCCGAUUAAUAAAUUACCUCAUUUGGAAGACGCGUUUGAGCCUUCCAGUCGGCCAAUCAAGAGGCGACGUCAAGAUCCUAUUGGAGAUGGUUUUGACAAUCAGGGAGUCAAUAACCCUCUAUCCCCACCAAAGAAAACACGGGCUUCUCCUGAAUUGGGUGAAAUAUCCCCCAAACCAAAGAAGAAUGCCCUCCCAAUUCGUCAUAAUGGUACCUCCCACUCGGAAGACGGCGUUGGGUCUGCCCCAAAUAGGCAGCUAGCUCUUUCUUCUCCAGAUGAAAGAUUUACCGCUCAAGCUACUCAGCAACGACGCUCCAAAUCAGGUGCUUCGGAGCCUUUAGCGAAAUCAGGAAAGGCCAAACCCGCCCGGUCUAUCCUUGAUAGCAUUGAUAUACCGAUUCCAAAAAAGGGAAAAAUGGCAGCCCGGAUCCAAUCGAUCCAGUCAUCUUCCGUCAAAAGGAACGGCAUCAUACCCUCAUCCGGUUCAGAAAGCUCCGAUGAACUGCAGGGAGAAGUUACAACCCAACCUGCUCCAAGGAAAUUAAAUGAUCGACAAAAUCAAACUCGUCUCUCAUUUGAUCGAAGUUCACCUACCGACAUUGUGCCCACCAGGUUUGCAGGAUCAAACCGAAAGGCCAAAAUAAAGCAUAAUAUCUCAAACUCGGACCCAGUCCGACUUAGCAUCAUGCGUCUGCAAUUCGGCACUGUCAACGUCAAAAGCGGUGCCAAGGGCAAGAGCGCAUACAUCUAUCUUGUUGACGAGAAACUCGAAAUCGGAGAUGACAUUAGCGGCACGGGAGAACAUAUUGCAAUCCCACUGAGCAAGGUGGUCCGAAUUCAUCUUGGGAAGGAUCCCAGCCGAAAAUUGAGACUGAACUUGUCCAAAGGGGCUCUACCCAUGGGUGAUAAGGUCGACAUUGAAUUUUCGGAUACCAGCAACAAGAAUCGUCUUGCUCGUGUAUUGAAAGACAAGUCGGUCAAGAUUCUAGAGCAAGAACCAGGUUUCAUGACCAGGGCUUUUCGAACCCGGGAGCAAGAAGUAGCCGAGUUUCACAAGCAGCCUAAGAGACCUCUACCGGACUUCGACCAGACUCCACCUGCAAACCCUUCUGUGCGUCGUCCGAAGCUUUCGUCUGCCCUGCAGGAUUCGGCCGAGGAGCCUGUCACCAAGCGAGCAAAACGUGACGUUUCUUCUAUCUCAAAGACAGGGGAUAGUCAAGCUGAAAUACCAGUCCCAGAGCACAAAAAGAGAGCAGGCUCGGACGCUAGUGUCGAACUUCCCGUCAAAUCGAUUCAAGAGGUCCAAACUCCACUUGAGCGAUCAAGUCGACCAACUCGGCGGACAACACGAAAUACCAAUAAUAGUUUCCAUGAUCUUUUCAAAGGAGCUCCUCAGCCAAAGGAUGAGAAUCGAGACAAUUGGAAGAAGCCAAUGGUAUAUCCCCGAAGCGGGAAGAAGCGUGCAGAAGUCAGCGUUGAGGAUCGAGACCGUCUGCGCGAGGAUGAAUUCUUGAAUGAUAACUUAAUCGGUUUCUACCUACGCUUCCUGCAGGAUCACCUCGAACGUACGAAUGAGGCUGCUGCGAAACGAAUUUACUUUUUCAAUUCCUUUUUCUUUGCUACCCUCACCAAUACUGCCAAAGGCGAUCAGGGUAUCAACUACAGUGGCGUGGAGAAGUGGACUCGCAACAUUGAUCUUUUCAGCUACGACUACAUCAUCGUUCCAAUCAACCAAAACGCGCAUUGGUACGUUGCAAUCAUUUGCAACCUACCAAGCCUGAAUGUUCCGCCUCCUGGCAUUGUGGACCAGUUUCUGGCUUCCAUGAACGACAAAAAACCGUCGACCCCGACAGAUAGUGAAGUGCAGGAAGUCCUCGAGUCUCCAGAGCCCGAGCUAGCAGUCUCAGCUGCAGCCGCCGGUGUCGAACAAGAGGCAAAAGUCAAUGAAACAGACUUGGAGGAGAACCUGACAGAGACUCCUUCCAUGAAAGCCGUGGAGGAACCAACACGGGCAGACAAUGCAGAAGACAGUGGAAGCAAGAUUUCAAAUGAUGAAUGGCCCGACGGUGAUGAGAGCCAAGCUUCGCCGCCUCCUAAGCUCAACCGUCUGCUUUGGAAUCAAACAGAUCCCAUCAAGACUUUGAGCCAGUCUACUGCUGCCAGUCAGCCUAGUCCCAAGACCAAGAAGAAAGGACGGACUGGUCCAAAAUUGCACCCAAGUCAGCCAACCAUCAUCACUUUCGACUCUCUUGAUGUCCCUCGUUCUCCCACCAUCAAGAUUCUACGCGAGUAUGUCUUCAAAGAAGCCGAAUCGAAACGUGGCGUCGAUAUCAACGACCAGAUGGAAAUCAAGGGCAUGCGCGCUCGACAGAUUCCUAUUCAACCAAACUAUUCUGACUGUGGGCUAUAUCUGCUUGCCUAUGUUGAGAAGUUCGUGCAGAAUCCCGAUACCUUCAUCAAAAGGGUGCUGCAGCGUGAGAUGAGCAAAAAAGAUGACUGGCCUCCGCUCGAGUCUGGUCUUCUGCGGUACCGGCUCCGUACUUUCUUGGACGACAUGUAUGAAGAACAGAAGCAACUGGAGGGCAAGCUGGUUAUGGCUGAUCAGGAACGGAUUUCGUUUUUACUGGGCCCCCCGCUUCCGAGUGAGGAGGAUGAAGAGAAGGAAGAGAACGGUGAGAUCGCAAAAACAGAGGAGCAGGAGCCAAUUAACCCCUUCCGGGAUGUGGGCUUCGAGGCCACUGGUAAAGCUGCGAAGUUGGCUAGUAAGGCAACCAAGACAUGUGCUGCCGACAAGUCACAGUUGGUGCCCACCGACCCUGUCCCUUCGAAUCCCUCCUCGGAGCAGGAUAGACAACCCGUUGACACGGAACCUCUCAAGGGUAUUUUUGAGCGUCGCUCAUCCGACCCUGGUAAUAUUGACCGUGAUGUACUUGGCUUGCCCGGCAGCCAGGAGCCGAAGACCACUCAUGACGGCAAGAAAAAGUCCAAGAGUGAACAUGGCUUGACACGCCGAAAGGAAAAAAGAAAAGCAACUGCUGCUUUCCCUGAAGACGCCGAUGCCGUCAAUGGCAGUUGUCCAAAGACAGAGCAUCAAAAACCCUGCGUCGAAAUUCAAGUCAAGGCAACCCCACCACCCGAUGAGCCGGUGCGACCCCAAAAGAGCCCCCGACAGAAGAAGCAAAAGAGUUGA